GCCGACUCGAGGAAGGAGUGACGUCAGAGCGGAGGCUGGACCAUUAUGGCGGCCGUCAUGAGGCUUGUAAACAGAAGUAAUAUAAGUUCAGCGAUGGGUCGGCAAUAUCUGGCGUUGAGCUCCUCAGCAAAGGCUGGCGUAAGAGCAGGUCAAGCUCUUCCAGAAAAAGUGAAAAUAGUGGAGGUGGGACCCAGAGAUGGGCUUCAGAAUGAAAAGACUAUCGUACCAACAGAGACAAAAAUUUAUUUGAUUGACAUGUUGUCAGCAUCAGGGCUCCCAGUCAUUGAGGCCACCAGCUUUGUAUCUCCAAAAUGGGUUCCACAGAUGGCAGACCAGGUAGAGGUGAUGAAGGGGAUCUGUAGAAAACCUGGAGUGUCUUACCCAGUCCUCACCCCCAACCUCAAGGGUUUCCAGGCUGCUGUGAAGGCAGGAGCUUCAGAGGUAGCCAUAUUUGGUGCUGCAUCUGAGCUGUUCAGUAAGAAGAACAUAAACUGCUCAGUGGACGAGAGUUUACAGCGCUUUGACGAGGUUAUGAAAGCAGCUAAAGAGGCUGGUGUGCCAGUUAGAGGUUACGUGUCAUGUGUUCUUGGAUGUCCUUACGAAGGCAAGGUGGCUCCUGAAAAAGUUGCACACGUGGCUAAGCGUCUGUACUCCAUGGGCUGCUAUGAGAUCUCUCUUGGUGACACUAUUGGAGUGGGGACUCCAGGUACCAUGAGUGAAAUGCUGGAGGUGGUGAGCAGAGACGUGCCAGUGAAUGUCUUGGCAGUGCACUGUCACGAUACCUACGGCCAGGCCCUGGCUAACAUCCUUGUGGCCUUACAGAUGGGAAUCAGUGUGAUAGACUCGUCGGUAGCUGGACUAGGCGGCUGUCCCUAUGCCCAGGGGGCUUCUGGGAAUGUUGCUACUGAAGAUGUUGUCUAUAUGCUGCAUGGACUUGGGAUUCAAACUGGAGUGGACCUCUCAAAGCUGAUGGAUGCUGGAGCUUUCAUCUGCCGAACCCUCAACAGAAAGACAAACUCCAAAGUGGCGCAGGCCACCUGCAAACUGUAAACUGCUUACUGACUUUCACAGACUACACUGUAGCAUACCAUGUAACCUGUAGCCGUCAUCUUCUGGAUGUUCUUCCCAUUUUAAUUUGUUUGAUUUGUCCUUCACCAGUUUGAGAAUAUUACUUUAAUAUUUGGAUGGUGCUGAACCCUCCCUCUUUUUAGGAUAAAAUGUUUGAUUAGAUACAUGAUAGCAUAGCUGGAACAGUGCCUUAUGUAAAGUCAGUCUAAUCAUACAGAUCUACCUAUCAAAAGCCAUUCCUUCACCUGAUUGUUUAAUAGUGCUGACAUGAUUGUCUUGGGAGCGGGUAAGUGAAGAACAGGAUUUGUUUCUAAUAAUAUUUGAACUAGUAAAAAAUGUCCUAGGGAUGGAUAAACUUACUGUAGAUAUCAGAAAAGACAGACGUGUUGUUUUGACUUCUAUCAUCCUCCUAUAUGCAGCGAUUACUGUCUUCAAAUGAAGUAUCUGCUAUAUAGGGAGCAUCUAUGGAAACUGUCGUUAUGAACUUGGGCAUUGUUCUGGCUUGAGAAAAAUGUGCUGGAUCCCACUGAUUUUUAACACUGAUUAUUUUUUAAUAUGUAGGGUUUUAGUUUUACUUCAAUAUGUGUAAGUAUUUAUUUAUUUUCCAAUGCCUUUAUUGAUUUCAACAUGUCCAGAUGCAACCAGAUUGUGAGUUUUAAAAAUAAACACUAUUUCACUAACGA